GUGUCUAUCUAAUUGUCCACUGAUAUCUGGUGGAGACGUAAAUAGAAAUAAACAGUGAUUUGGAAGGUAAAUAUUUGAGAGAUUUUGCCAUUAACGCGUCUGCGGUAUAUUAAUUCUCAGUAGAAAUUUUAUUGUGGCUUUUAUCAUGCUGCAACAAUGUAUUGGAGGACUAUCUAAUCUAGAGCGAAAAUCUAAAUUUUGUGAAGAAUCUUGGAAUUUCUGAAAUUUUUUUUGCAAUUUCAUCCCAAAAGUCGUUAUUUUAUCUUUUCAAAUUUGAAUUUCUUUGCAUUUUUUGUGUUUCAUUUGUAUAACUGCAGUAGCACAGAGGGCGUUUUAAACAAAAACAUUUUAGUGAAGCGGAAUUUUGUGAAAAUCUGGAAAAACUUGGGAAAAAAUGCCCUACGCCAAUCAGCCAUCUGUCCAGAUAACAGAAUUAACCGAUGAGAAUGUGAAAUUUCUCGUAGAGGACACGGAUCUCAGUGUCGCAAACAGCCUCCGGAGAGUCUUUAUUGCUGAGACUCCCACUCUGGCCAUCGAUUGGGUUCAGCUGGAGGCGAAUUCUACAGUAUUGUCGGAUGAAUUCCUAGCUCACCGGAUCGGACUCAUUCCCCUGAUCUCGGAUGACGUGGUGGAGAGGAUGCAGUAUACCAGAGAUUGCUCCUGCCUGGACUUCUGCACGGAUUGCAGCGUGGAAUUCACCCUGGAUGUAAAGUGCAACGAUGAGCAGACACGCCAUGUAACUACGGCGGAUCUCAAAUCCAGCGACCCGAGAGUCCUUCCGGCAACUUCUAGGCACCGGGAGGACGAUGACAAUGAGUAUGGAGAGAGCACAGAUGAGAUCUUGAUUAUAAAGCUGCGCAAGGGGCAGGAGUUGAAACUGAGGGCGUAUGCAAAGAAGGGAUUUGGGAAGGAACACGCCAAAUGGAAUCCAACGGCAGGAGUUUGCUUCGAAUACGAUCCGGACAACGCUAUGAAGCAUACGCUCUACCCCAAGCCAGAUGAAUGGCCCAAGAGUGAACACACAGAGCUAGAUGACGAUCAGUACGAAGCUGAAUUCAAUUGGGAAGCCAAACCCAAUAAGUUCUUCUUCAAUGUCGAGUCAUCCGGUGCCCUAAAGCCCGAGAAUAUCGUGAUGAUGGGCGUUCAGGUGCUGAAAAACAAACUGUCCAAUCUGCAGACGCAGCUGAGUCAUGAGAUUGAGAAUGACACUCUGGCUUUCUGAAUUUUGUAAUUCCAUGUGAAAAUUUGCAAAAUGCACUUGAA